GCUGGUGGUGAUAACUGGGACGAUGCUCAGGCUUCUGAGACUUGCUUUGGCCUUUUUCCGGAGGAUGGCUGACCCCGCAGAGCGGCAGGGCCCACAGCAGCAGGGUCCACAGCAGCAGGGCCCGCAGCAGCAGGGGCUCCCACAAGGUGACACCCAGUUGAAAACUGUGCAGGGAGUUGUCACAAGUUUCUGUGGUGAUUAUGGCAUGAUUGAUGAGUCGAUCUACUUCAGUAGUGAUGUUGUGACUGGCAACGUUCCUCUAAAAGUUGGACAAAAAGUUAAUGUGGUUGUGGAAGAAAAUGAAACACUUUAUGCAUUGAGAGCAAUCAAGGUGGAUGUUGUGCCUCACUGUCUUUACGGUGCUGGACCCUCAGACUCAGGAACCAGACUUUUAGUUGCAUGUGUUACUUCUAUAAAUGAAGAUACUAUUUAUGUUGGUGACAGCAUUUAUUGCUCCAUAGACAUUGCUGCUGAAGAUUUUGUGCCUUAUAAGGGUGACUUGUUAGAAGUUGAAUAUGCCACCGAGCUAAGCAUCUCAAACAUCAAGGCAAGCUCUGUGAAGCCCACCCGUUGUAUUCAUGUGGAAGAGGUCCGCAUUACUAGCGUACAUGGAAGAAAUGGGGUGAUAGAUUAUAAUAUCUUUUUCACCUUGGAGUCUGUGAAAAUCCCUGAUGGAUACGUACCUCAAGUAGACGAUAUCGUCAAUGUGGUCAUGGUGGAGAACAUUCAGUUCUGCUGUAAUUGGAGAGCGGUUUCUAUCACCCCAGCGCAAAAAUUGAGCAGCAGAUUCCACGAUGUCAGAGGCCUGGGACGGCCCAAAAGGGAACGUCGGAGCCAAAGCGUUUAACUGAAAAGACAGCAGGGACAGCAUGUUAAAGGCAUGAUUUAAAGUUACAAUUUGACUUCAGUUUUGAGCCCCGUUAUGCUGUCUGUACAAUCUGUAUUGCUCUAUAGCCUCUUUCAUCUUCUGUCACCCUCAUAACUUGCGAUGUUUAUUGUUUCCCUUGUUCCUUCUUCCCCGUACUAGAAUGUAAACUCCACAAUGGCAGGAUGUCUUCUGGUCUGUUUUUUGUUUGUUUGUUUGUUUUUUGUUUUUUUUUCU